CGCUGGCGUGGAGGAGCCGCGCGGCUGCGUGCGAGUGCUGCGAGUGGAGCCUCGUGCGUUUUCGCCCCGCUCCCAGGUCUUCGUGUUCGAUGUCGGCGGCGGGACGUGGCGCUUCUACAACUGGACCCACAUCACAACGGUGGCGACCUUCGGAGACUACGACCCCGAGCUCAUGUGUUACGCUCAUGCCAAGGGGGCCAGGGUAGUGCUGAAAGGAGUUGUACCCCUGAAGGACAUGCUUGAGCCUGCUGCGAGAGGGUUAUGGAUAACUCAACAGGUGGAACUGGCGAAAAAGCAGUAUAUGGAUGGAAUUAAUAUGGACAUAGAGGAAGCGGUUAGUAGGUCAUCACCCGAGUAUGAUGCAUUAACAGAUCUAGUGAAAGAAACUGCAGAUGCUUUUCACAGUGCAAUUCCAGGAUCACAGGUAACAUUUGAUGUGGCUUGGUCUCCCGAAUGCAUUGACCAGAGGUGCUAUAACUACAGCGGCAUUGCAGAUGCUUGUGAUUUCAUGUUUGUGAUGUCAUAUGAUGAAGACAGUCCAGUCUGGCCACGCCGUGCUGCAAGAGCCAAUGCUCCCUAUAAUCAGACCCUGACUGGAUAUGAAGACUACAUUAACAUGGGCAUUGAUCCUAAGAAGCUUGUGAUGGGUGUUCCCUGGUACGGUUAUGACUAUACUUGUCUGAAUUUAUCUAAGGAUCACAUUUGUUUUCUUUCAAAAAUUCCUUUCCAUGGGGAUCUAUGCAGUGAUUCUGCAAGGUUUCAGGUCUCGUAUAAAGUGGUGAUGAAGCAAGUGAAUAGUUCAGUUUCUGGGAGGCUGUGGGAUGAGGAGCAGAAAGCUCCAUAUUAUGAAUACAAGGAUGCUCUUGGUCAUUUUCACCAAGUAUGGUAUGAUGACCCCUGGAGCAUUUCCCUGAAAGCAGCAUAUGCACAGGAACGUGGUUUAAGAGGCAUUGGCAUGUGGAAUGCAAAUUGUCUUGACUACUCUAGAACUCCUGUAGCAGAACAGCAAACUGAAGCAAUGUGGCAAGCCUUGAUACCAUAG